GCUCACUUGUUCCUGUCUUUAAUGUGCAAUCUGUUUUCUCCAGCGGAGGGCACUCAGUGUAUCACAAACUCAAGCAUUAGCACCAACAAGCUCUGAGCAUCAUCAGUCUCUGGAAAGCCUUCUGAAUUAGACAAGGGCUGCCUCUCAGCACAGCUACAAAACACUUUAAACCUGACCAGCUAAAUGGAUAAACCUAGCCUGCAUAGCUUUUAAACUGGGGUCUCAUACAGCACAGGAGGCCUGCUUGCUUCAAGAACUGAAAAUCCAGAGGAUGAAUUGCUUUAUCUGGGAAUGGCAAAAGCCAGCACAAUAAGGAAUGCCAGGUGGUGGUGAUUUCAGCACGAGAGACCAAAUAAGAAGAAAGCUGAGAGGGGGGAAACGUUUUUGGAUGACAAAGGAUGGGUUUCCAUUUAAUUACGCAGCUGAAAGGCAUGAGUGUGGUUCUGGUGCUACUUCCUACACUGCUGCUUGUUGUGCUCACGGGAGCUCAGAGAGCUUGCCCGAAGAACUGCAGAUGUGAUGGCAAAAUUGUGUACUGUGAGUCUCAUGCUUUCGCAGAUAUCCCUGAGAACAUUUCUGGAGGGUCACAAGGCUUAUCAUUAAGGUUCAACAGCAUACAGAAGCUCAAAUCCAAUCAGUUUGCCGGCCUUAACCAGCUUAUAUGGCUUUAUCUCGACCAUAAUUACAUUAGCUCAGUGGAUGAAGAUGCAUUUCAAGGGAUCCGUCGACUCAAAGAAUUAAUUUUAAGCUCCAACAAAAUUACCUAUCUGCACAAUAAAACAUUUCACCCAGUUCCCAAUCUCCGCAAUCUGGACCUCUCCUACAAUAAACUUCAGACAUUGCAAUCUGAACAAUUUAAAGGCCUUCGGAAACUCAUCAUUUUGCACUUGAGAUCUAACUCACUCAAGACUGUGCCGAUAAGAGUUUUUCAAGACUGUCGGAAUCUUGACUUUCUGGAUUUGGGGUACAAUCGUCUUAGAAGCCUAUCCCGAAAUGCUUUUGCUGGCCUUUUGAAAUUAAAGGAGCUCCACUUGGAGCACAACCAAUUUUCCAAGAUCAACUUUGCUCAUUUUCCACGUCUCUUCAACCUCCGUUCCAUUUACUUACAGUGGAACAGGAUUCGCUCAAUUAGCCAAGGCUUGACAUGGACUUGGAGUUCCUUACACAACUUGGAUUUAUCAGGGAAUGACAUCCAAGGAAUUGAGCCGGGCACAUUUAAAUGCCUCCCCAAUUUGCAGAAAUUGAAUUUGGAUUCCAACAAGCUUACCAACAUCUCACAGGAAACUGUGAAUGCGUGGAUAUCAUUAAUAUCCAUUACCUUGUCUGGAAAUAUGUGGGAAUGCAGUCGGAGCAUCUGUCCUCUAUAUUAUUGGCUUAAGAAUUUCAAAGGUAAUAAGGAAAGCACUAUGAUAUGUGCAGGACCUAAGCACAUCCAGGGCGAAAAGGUUAGCGAUGCUGUGGAAACAUACAACAUCUGUUCUGAAGUCCAGGUGGUCAACACAGAGAGGUCACACCUGAUGCCCCAAACUCCCCACAAGCCUCUGGUUAUCCCGAAACCUACCAUCUUCAAACCAGAUGCCAGCCAACCCACCCUGGAAACACCAAGCCCUUCCCCAGGGUUCCAGAUCCCUGGCACAGAGCAAGAGUAUGAGCAUGUUUCAUUUCACAAAAUUAUCGCAGGGAGUGUGGCUCUGUUUCUCUCGGUGGCCAUGAUCCUCUUGGUGAUCUAUGUGUCUUGGAAACGCUAUCCAGCCAGCAUGAAACAACUCCAACAACACUCUCUCAUGAAGAGGCGGCGGAAAAAGGCCAGAGAGUCUGAAAGACAAAUGAAUUCCCCUUUACAGGAGUAUUAUGUGGACUACAAGCCUACAAACUCUGAGACCAUGGAUAUAUCCGUCAAUGGAUCUGGGCCCUGCACAUAUACCAUCUCUGGCUCCAGGGAAUGUGAGAUUCCACACCACGUGAAGCCCUUGCCCUACUAUAGUUACGAUCAGCCGGUGAUCGGGUACUGCCAGGCUCACCAGCCACUGCACGUCAACAAGGGCUAUGAGACAGUGUCUCCGGAGCAGGAGGAGAGCCCCAGCCUGGAGCUCGGUCGAGACCACAGCUUCAUCGCCACUAUCGCCAGGUCGGCUGCACCUGCCAUUUACCUGGAGAGAAUAACAAACUAGUGCAGAAGCCAACUCCUCACUGGGGACCUCGCUGUGGGUAGGGAGGGCUUUCAUCCUAAAGGAGAUAUGGGUGUCCCAACCUACGCAAUCAAGCAAGCUCAUCGUUCCUGUUAAACAAACAAACAUAAAUGGCAUAGAGAAAAGAAAAACCAAAACUGCUUACAGAGGGCAGCGGAUGCACCUUCAGCAUAACCGGGAGAACUACCAAACUUUCUUUGCUUUAAAAUAUAAAACAAACAAAAAUGCUCCCGGAUGACACUAUGUAAAUAGUCCAGAGUGUCAAGUUCUUAUAAAAAUAGAUUUCACCCUAGCUAUCUAUAGGUUUGUUUGUAUAUUUGAUUUUUCUACACUGCAUGGUUCCUGGGCUGGAGAACCACAGGGGGCAGGUAAACAGGGGUGGGUGGGAACUUGGGGAAUCAAAACGGUUUUCCUUGUUAGUUGUGUGUAACACUCACAGACUUUAUUUCAAUUGCUUUCAUUUUAUUUUCCCUUUAAAAAUACUAUGUUCUUGUUUGGUUGGUUUAAUUUUUCUUUUCUUUUUUUUUUCUCUUGGUCAAGUGAUUCUGUUUUUUUUUUUUUUUUUUUUUAUUCUAAACAUGGGCAUUAAAGCUUAUGUUGUACCAAAAGAAACUUUGCUUUACCAUAGACCACAAAUAAAGUUGGCCACAAAGUUUGAUAAAACUACUGGAAUGAAAAUUCAAUAAAUCAAACUGAAUGUUCCUUCAAGACAACAUUGUACACAAUAUUAGGAGUUUUGGUUUUUUUCCCCAUUGGCAGCCCUCACUGUAGACAGCCUGAAAUAGAGACCUGUGAAGACCUCGGAGUGGGAAGACCAACAGAAUUAUUCUCACAGGGACCAAGGGUAGAUGACAACAAUGGCCAUGUGGUCCAUGAGUGAAACUGCCAACCUGACCAAUUUCUAAACACAACAUGAUGUGUAACAUUGCUUUUUAAAUUGAUGAUCAAUUAGCUUUUGUGUAGUUUUUAUCAAUAAAAGAAAAACAUGUUGAAAAAUAAA